AUGGCUGCCAUAGACCCGUCGUAUGUCGAGGAGCUCACCUUGCAAAUCUCCAAGCAGCUCAACCGUACUGCUUUGAAUCCAGCUUUAGCUAACCAAGUUUUAAAUUUUGCCACUUCUCAGCCAAACAAACCCACGUUUGUACGCGUUUGCAAGGCUUUUGGAAGAUUCGACGAUGAAUUUUUAGAGUCAGUUUACGAUAAAGUCCAGUCUUUUAAGAAAGAAAUAAAAGUAGAGCCCAAGGUUAAAUUAGAAGAUGAUGUUAAACCCGAAAAUGUGAAAACAGGACUUGUAUUUGUCAAGCCCAAACGCGAAGGCUUAUCUGAUAUCAAGAUUGAGCGCGAAAAACCAUUAAAAAAGAUUAAAAUCGAGUCCGAAGACGAUUUAUUAGAUGAAAUUAAAACAGAACCUUUAACAAAGAUUUCUAAACCACAGUUCCGCAAGCGAAUGGCACAUGGUGCAAAGUGUCAUGCCAGACACCAACAAGAUGAUGAUUCGGACGAGACCCCUAAGCAAAAUACCCCUAAAAAAUCUACCCUUUCAGCAGAAGCACAAGCUAAAUUAGAUGAAAUUCGACGCAAACGUACAGAAAACUCUACAUCUGCUGUGGAACGAUCACCAUACUCUGAAUCUAGAACUGAUUAUAGAUCGAGUAAUAAUUCUUCUGACAGAUACUACCGACCAGACCGUAAUUCAUCUUCUUCCAGACGACGGAAUAAUCGCGAAGACUCUCCAAAAAAUUACCCUGGAGAUGAUGAAUACGAUCAAGAGUCAUUAAUGGCUCUUGAUCGUGACUGGUACACGGGAGACGAGUUUGGCCAUACUGCAGGUGACGAGUCCCAUAACCCCUUUGGAGAUGGAUUGGACUAUGAAGUUGAGGAAAAGGCUUUGGAACGCCGUGUCACUGCGCGGAUUACUUCAUUUGCCCGACAAAAGCAAAAUGAUUCAGAUCUUUGGGAACGCAAUCGUAUGCGCACAUCUGGUGUUAAUGGUGGCGGCGCGGAAUUUUUUGAGGAAGACGACGAAAAUGAAGAUAAAAAGAUUCAUGUAUUAGUCAAUGAACUUCGACCACCGUUUUUACAAGGAUAUAAAGUGGACGGUAAGGUUAGAGAUAUGGUACCAGCAGUACGAGAUUCUCAAAGUGAUAUGGCGAUAUUUGCCAAACGAGGCAGUGCCCUUGUCAAGGAGCAGCGCGAAAAACGUGAACGUCAAAAACAAGCCCGAGAUUCAGCUAGCAUUUCAGGAACAGCACUUGGAAACAUCAUGGGCGUUACUGAAGAGUCAGAGCAAAAGGAAAACAGUUCCUCGGUUGAAAAGUUUUCUGACCUUUUAAAGGAAAAGUCUCAAGGGGUCAGUGAAUUCAGCAAAAAUCUUUCUCUUAAACAACAACGUGAAUACCUUCCUGCAUUUGCGGUACGCGACGAUCUUCUUCAAGUCAUCCACGAGAACCAAGUGGUCAUUGUCAUUGGUGAGACUGGUUCUGGUAAAACCACACAAUUGACACAGUUUCUUCUUGAAGACGGUUACGGGAAACUUGGCAUGAUUGGAUGUACACAACCUCGUCGUGUUGCUGCCAUUAGUGUGGCCAAGCGUGUUAGUGAAGAGAUGGAAGUUAAGCUGGGCUCUAAAGUUGGUUACGCAAUUCGUUUUGAAGACUGCACUAGCAAUGAAACAAUUAUCAAGUACAUGACUGACGGUGUUUUAUUACGUGAAUCGCUUACGGAACCUACACUUGAUCAAUAUUCAUGCAUUAUUAUGGACGAGGCACACGAACGUGCAUUAAAUACAGAUGUGCUUAUGGGCCUUUUUAAAAAGGUAUUGCAAAAACGACGUGACCUUAAGCUUAUUAUUACCUCUGCAACUAUGAAUGCCGAACGGUUUUCUCGUUUUUAUGGUGGUGCCCCGCAAUUUACAAUUCCAGGUAGAACUUUCCCUGUAGAUGUUCAAAACCACUCGACUCCUGUUGAGGAUUACGUUGAUGCAGCUGUUAAGCAGAUAUUAUCUAUUCACAUUAAAAAUGGUCCCGGCGACAUUUUGGUUUUCAUGACGGGUCAGGAAGACAUUGAAGUGACGUGUGAAGUUGUACGAGAACGAUUAGAACUUCUUGACAAACCGAAACCACUUGAAAUUCUGCCCAUUUACUCACAACUUCCUGCAGACUUACAAGCGAAAAUUUUUGAACCAGCACCGAAAGGUGUUCGGAAAGUCAUUGUAGCAACCAAUAUUGCGGAAACAUCAUUAACGGUCGAUGGUAUCAAAUAUGUGGUGGACUGUGGGUACUCCAAAAUGAAGGUAUAUAACCCCAAGAUUGGUAUGGACUCUCUACAACUUGCUCCGAUUUCCGUGGCCAAUGCUAACCAGCGGUCGGGUCGUGCUGGUAGAACAGGACAUGGUGUUGCUUAUCGAUUAUAUACACAGCGUGCAGAGAUGGAUGAAAUGUACCCGCAAGCUAUUCCAGAAAUUCAACGAACCAAUUUGGCCAAUACACUUUUAUUACUGAAAUCAUUAGGUGUUGAUAAUCUUCUUGAGUUUGACUUUAUGGAUCCUCCACCGACUGAUACCAUGACUGCCAGUUUAUACGAUCUUUGGGCUCUGGGAGCUCUUGACAAUUUGGGGAGACUUACUCAAUUGGGUACAAAAAUGUCUAAAUUCCCCAUGGAACCUUCUCUAGCCAAGCUUGUUAUAAUGUCUUUAGACUAUGGGUGUACUGAAGAGAUUUUAACAAUUGUGUCGAUGCUUUCUGUACCUUCUAUAUUUUACCGGCCAAAGGAGCGUGAAGAAGAAGCAGAUGCUUCACGUGAAAAGUUUUUUGUUGCUGAGUCUGAUCAUUUGACACUUCUUCAUGUUUAUAAGCAAUGGGUUUCAAACAAAUGUUCAGAUAUUUGGUGUGCCAAACACUUUUUGCAUGCCCGGGCGUUGCGUCGUGCCAAGGAGGUGCGUGAGCAGUUGGCGUAUAUUUUGCGCGACAGCAGACACAAUGUGCGCUCGUGUGGGACUGAUUGGGACGUUGUGCGGCAAUGCAUUUGCAGUGGUUAUUUUUCACAAGCAGCGCGGGUCCGCGGACUUGGUGAGUACAUGAAUCUGCGCACCAAUCUUAUCAUGCAGCUGCAUCCGACAUCAGCGUUGUAUGGUCUGGGGUACUUGCCCGAAUAUGUGGUAUACCAUGAGCUAGUGUUGACUUCAAAAGAGUACAUGUCCGUGGUGACUGCCGUUAGUCCUUACUGGCUGGCCGAACUUGGCGGGGUUUUCUAUUCGCUCCGGGAAAGCGGCCGCGAUCAAGCCGCAAGUGGGGAUUGGGGGAGAGCUGCGAUUGAGGAGCAGCUUGAAAGGGAUACAGAAAAGUAUAAGCAGAUACAAAAUGGAGGGGAUGGAUCAUUACAAGAAAAGCGGAAGAUGAAGAAGGAAAAGGAAAAGAGUAGUGGAGGGGUUGUUAUUGUUGGUAAAAAGACAUUUGGAGGACGAAGAGGAUUUUAA